UGUUGUGUGUGACAAUUAAGAGCGAUAGUGUGUAGUGUACGACACAAUCCCCUCUUUAAUUGUGGCUACCCUCCCCCCACCAUCUCACUCACUCACUCACCAUUUUCUCUUUUCUUUCUCUCAUUGGUAACAGUAAUUUUUGUAAUAGCUGCCAAGCGCCGUUUCCAUUUCUUUUACCCCUCUCUCUCUCUCUCUCUCUUCCUUUUUCAAAAUCAAGUUUUUACUCAUUCUGAUCAUCAUGCCUCCACUCUCUCAGUGCCCUCCUCCAUAACAUUGCAAAUACUAACAAAUAACAAUCAUAUAUACACCAAAAUCAAUAUUCAAAUUACAAACCAAACCCAAAAAAUAAUCAUCAACAUGUUCAUUUGUUCUUCACCUAAUGUUGUUCCUCGUUGGCUUCAAGUUCUUCUCACUGAGAAAUUCUAUAACGCUUGUGUAAUUCAUGAAGAUGCAAAGAAGAAUGAAAAAAAUGUGUAUUGUUUGGAUUGUUGCAUCAGUCUCUGCCCUCACUGUGUUUCCCCUCAUCGCUCUCACAGACUCUUACAGAUUAGAAGAUAUGUUUAUCAUGAUGUUAUAAGGUUGGAUGAUGUUGCCAACUUAAUUGACUGCUCUUCUAUUCAAUUUUACAGAACAAACAGUGCAAAAGUGGUAUUUUUAAAUCAAAGGCCACCAACAAAAAUCAAAGGCUCCGGCAAUUUCUGCAGCACCUGUGACAGAACUCUGCAAGACCCAUACCACUACUGCUCUCUCUCUUGCAAGGUGAGCCACCUAGUGAAAACAUUGGGUUCACUAUCUGGUUACCUUUUCGAGUGCAACUACAUGCCGUUAUCAGAUUCUGGACUUGACGACGGUCUAAUUAUGACUCCUGAUUCGGUUCUUGAACCGGCCGGUUCGAACCGUACUUCAUCCGGUUCGGGUGGUUAUGACGGUGUGGAUUGUAGAACCACCCUAGCUUGCACGGCUACAACUGAAAUUGUUAGAAAGAAGAGAAGCGGUGUUUCCACUUUCCGACCUCCGUGUCGGCCUGCAUGCUCGCCGGUGACGGAAAUCUCGGUCAAUCUGAUGAACAGGAGAAAAGGAACGCCGCAGAGGGCCCCACUUUAUUGAGAACACAAGUUAUUAUUAUGGAAGAGUGUGAGGGAGUGGAGAACAAUAGGCUUUAAUUGAAGAAAAAAACUUUUGGAUAUUUUUAUAAUUAUUAUAUAUCAUCAUGAUUAUGAUUAAAUAUUAUUAAUUUAAUCUUUUGAACUCUCAGGGAAGAAAAGGCUAUGUACCCUGUGCUAUGAUGAUAUGAUGUUACGGGGUUUGUUUUGUUAUAUUACAGUGUAAUGGGGCUUAUUUUUAUUUUACCUUAUGCUACAUUUUCACAGUUCCUUCCCGAGGCUUAUUAUUAUUAUUAUUAUUA